ACUUACCUGCAGUUUCAAAAGAAAUAUGGUCCAAUAUUUACUGUACAUUUUGGAACUCGGUGUACAGUAAUAUUAUGUGGAUAUGAUGUUAUCAAAGAGGCUCUGAUUGACCAAAAAUAUGUAUUCAGCGGAAGAGGGAAGAUGUCAUUAUCUGAAUAUGUUCUGAAGGGAUAUGGCAUUACAGCUAGUAGUGGAGAACGCUGGCAACAAAUGCGAAGGUUUGCUAUUACUACGCUGAGGAAUUUUGGGAUGGGGAAGAGGUCAAUCGAGGAGAGAAUGCAGGAGGAAGCUCGGAUUCUAGUGAAGGAAUUUGGCAAAACUCAAGGAAAGCCAUUUAACCCUACUUUCCUGGUGAGCUGUGCUGUAUCCAACAUCAUCUGCUCCAUCGCAUUUGGGAAACAUUUUAAAUACAAUGAUGAACAUUUCUUAAAACUUCUUCAUAAUAUCAAUAUGAUCAUGCGAUUUAUGAACUCUGCAUGGAGUGCGUUUCUUUACAACUUCGUUUGGCUCAUGCCGUAUAUGAUAGGACCUCCCAAGCGUGGGGCACAAUAUCUGUCUGAGCUCAAGGCGUUUGUUGAUGAGAAGGUAGAAGAAAGUCAAAGGACCCUGGAUCCAACAUCUCCUCGACAUUUUAUUGAUUGUUUUCUAAUAAAGAUGCAGGAGGAAAAAGAAAAUCCUAACACAGAGUUUCACAUGCAGAACCUUGUGGCUUCGGCUUCAAACUUGUUAUUUGCUGGAACCGAAACUAUCAGCACAACUGUUCGCUACGGCUUACUCAUCCUGCUCAAAUAUCCAGAAGUUCAAGUUAAGGUCCAGCUUGAGAUCGAUCAAGUGAUAGGUUCACACACUCCAUCAGCAGAAGACCGAACCAAGAUGCCUUACACUGAAGCUGUAAUCCAUGAGAUACAGAGAUUUUCUGAUAUUAUCCCAACUGGACUUCCACACCGUACAACAGAAGACACAUUCUUGAGAGGCUACUUCAUCCCCAAGGGCACAGAUGUGUUCCCAUUACUGACCACCUUACUAAAGGACCCGGAGCAAUUUCAAGAUCCAGAUGUGUUCUCCCCCAACAGGUUUCUGGACAAUAAUGGAGACCUAAAAAAGUAUCCUGCCUUGCUGCCUUUUUCUACAGGAAGGAGGAUGUGCCCAGGAGAAAGUCUGGCUCGAAUGGAGCUCUUUCUGUUUUUUACUACCCUCUUGCAGAAGUUCACCUUGACCACGACAGUGCCUCGAGAAGAUCUGGACCUAACCCCCGAGGUCAGCAGUGCUGGACACCUGCCUCGCUCCUACAAAAUGUGUGUUAUUCCCCGUAAUGGCAAUUUAUUGUCUGAAAGUUCAAACUAA